AUGGCUGACCACGCGGCGUGGCGGCAGCUGUCGAUCGCAAUCGUUGGCGGCGGCAUCGGCGGCCUAGCGGCUGCGACGGCGCUGCGGCGCGCUGAGCAUCGAUGCACCGUUUACGAGCGCGCCCACUACGCCGGCGAGGUCGGUGCCUCGAUUAGUUGCGCCGCAAACGGGACGCGCUGGUUGCACAAGUGGGGCGUUGAUGUUGCGGCGGGCCGACCCGUCGUCCUGCGUAAGCUAAUUUGGCAUGAAUGGGGGACGGGCGCCGAGGGCAACGUCUAUGACCUUGCUGACUAUGAGCAGCGUUGGGGCGAGGUCUACAAUAUGUUCCACCGCCAGGAUAUGCAUAAGAUGCUGAUGGAUGCUGCGGUGGGAGACGGCGAAGGCGUCCCGGCGCAGUUGGUGCUUGAUCAUAAAUGCAAGGACAUUGACCUUGACACGGGCGUCAUCACGUUUGAAAACGGAAAGACGGUCAAACAUGAUUGCAUUAUCGGAGCAGACGGCAUUGGCUCUGCCGUCCGAAAAAUUAUAGGUAUUGUCCCGGACCGCAAGCCUUCGACCUCGACGUGUCUCCACGCGAAUGUGGAUAGGAGUUUAGCGCAAAAGCUAGGGUUGAAAGACUUCGCUGCGAACAGUGGCAUCGAGUACUGGGGCGGUCAGGGUAUUGAUAAGAUCGUUUUCUCCCCUUGCAAAGGCGGCGAAGUCUUGUCAUUCUACUGCUUUUUCCCGCGCGAGAAGGGCAAGUUUGGUGAUGAGGGAUGGCUGUACGAAGCAUCAAGAGAAGAGCUGUUGUCACCGUAUCCUGACUUGGAUAAAGACGUCUUGGAUCACUUGAAAGUGGCAACCGACAUUCGUCCCUGGAGGCUGUGGGUGCAUCGGCCGUAUUCGUAUUGGCAAAAGGGUGUAGCUUGCAUCAUGGGCGAUGCCGCACAUCCUAUGAUGCCUGACCAGUCGCAAGGAGCUUGUAUGGCGAUCGAAGAUGCUGCUGCUCUUGGCAUUGUCUUCAGCAAGAAACACUUCCGUGGCGAUAUCAAAUCGAUCUUGCAACUUUACGAAGACGUGCGGAAGCCUCGAGCAACAAAGGUGCAAGCAGCAAGCGCCAGAGCCCGCUUGAACAUGGCUGAGCGCAUUGGUUUUUCGAGCAACACAACGAAUCCUUUUUACAAAGUUGCGAAUGAAAAGGAUAAAUUGACAAUUGACGAAAUGAACUUAUAUGAUAUGUAUGAAGACGUUGCACACAAGGCAGCUGGGGCCAGAGCAAACCUUUGAAGUGAGCUGACGGAGGUAUCGUACGAGUAUUUAUAG